ACGGUGUGUUCUACAUACAGUCCGCAAUGGGUCUGGAAAAGGUUCCAAAUAUUGGCCGUCAGUGUGGCGGGAAAGGCACCGGCCGUCUCCUUCGUCCAGCCACACCAAGGUGGGUGAACGACAUCAGUAACGACCCACACCUCUGCACGCCCGGCGCCUCAGCUCGCUCCAUGCGAGGAUGAGCACGAGCGUCGUCGGC